GUUAGCAGGAACCCUAUAGCCAAGAUGGCCGCCGGGGAGGACGCCCACAUCUGUAAUGGCUGCUUAGGUGACUGAGGGAGGUUGCCCACAUCCAAGAUGGCCAUAGCAGUGACGCGAAGGGUUGUACCAUAGAGAGGAAGGCGGGCUUGUGUCUACUUGCGAUUUUUUUUUCCCCCCUAUGGUCGAGGGAGGCCCAUGUGGAUCUCUAUGGCAGCAGCAGUAACGUUCGUAAGGCGCCCGGGCAGCUGAGCGGCUCCGGGCCCCGAGCGCUGGGGGGGGAGGGGGCCGACGGAGGUCGGGAGGAUGCCCCUGGCCGCCUACUUCUUCCUGCGGGCCGUGGGCAAGGGCAGCUACGGGGAGGUGAGCCUGGUGCGGCACCGGCAGGACAACAGACAGUAUGUCAUCAAAAAGCUAAACCUUAAACAUGCAUCCAGCCGAGAGAGGAAAGCAGCAGAACAAGAAGCCCAGUUGUUGUCUCAGCUGAAACACCCCAACAUAGUUACCUAUAGGGAGUCCUGGGAGGCGGAAGAUGGCCUGUUAUAUAUUGUCAUGGGCUUCUGUGAAGGAGGGGACCUGUAUCAUAAACUUAAAGAGCAGAAAGGCAAACCUUUGCCAGAGAAUCAGGUGGUGGAAUGGUUUGUCCAGAUUGCCAUGGCUUUGCAGUAUUUACAUGAAAAACACAUUCUACACAGAGAUCUCAAAACUCAAAAUGUUUUCCUGACAAGGACAAAUAUAAUCAAAGUGGGAGAUCUGGGAAUAGCUAGAGUGUUAGAAAAUCAGUAUGAUAUGGCCAGUACUCUCAUUGGCACACCUUAUUAUAUGAGUCCUGAAUUGUUCUCCAACAAACCUUACAACUACAAGUCUGAUGUUUGGGCUUUGGGCUGUUGUGUUUAUGAAAUGGCCACGCUGAAACAUGCCUUCAACGCUAAAGACAUGAACUCUUUAGUUUAUCGAAUUAUUGAAGGAAAGCUGCCACCGAUGCCAAAGGAUUAUAGUCCACAACUGGCAGAACUAAUAAGAACUAUGCUUAGCAAAAAGCCUGAAGAAAGACCCAAUGUGAAAAGCAUACUAAGGCAACCAUACAUCAAGCAUCAAAUCUCUCUGUUUUUGGAAGCCACAAAGGCAAAAACAGCCAAAAAUCAUAAGAAAAUAUCUGAUUCUACACCCAGAAGUGCUGCUUCUGUGAUCUCAGUGAAGACUCGAUCUAAUAAUGGAAACAUCACAUCCAAAAAACAUCCCUUUGAGCAAGCCAGGAGAGAGAGUGCCAAUGAAGAAAAACAUUUAAUCAAAGAUAAAACUUUUGAAAUUCAUCCCUCAGAGAAACCAGCAGCUGAACCUGAAAAAAAUGCAAACAAGAAUGAGAACAGCAGCACAGGAGUUUCCAUAGCAACAAUUAGCAAAGUGGAUAUUGAUAUUUUACUGUCUGAAAGGAGGAACUCUAAAAGUGAUCACUUACUACAGGAUAACAAAGCAAGGUGCUUAAGCAUUCCUAGUGAAGUAGAAUCUAAAAUAACAUCUAAUGGCCCACAGACUAAGGAAGACAGACUACAACAAAACUCAAAGCAAGGUUCUAGAACUGAAAUUGUGGAUUCUAAGCAGUUUGCUGCUGUUGUCACAGGUGAAGGAGAUGACACUUUGAAACUCCUGCAGCCUGUCUCAAAGGACCAAAAGCAAAAUGAUGACCAGGAUGAAGCCUCUGGUGGAAAUCCAGAUGUUCAGGAAAAAGUCACUUCUCACUUACAGCCUCAUAGCUCUUUCUAUGAACCUUCUCUCUCACGGCAGCGAUGGCAGAAGAAAAGGGAGCUAGAUGAAGUCUGUUCAGAGAAGCUCAGAGAAGUUGCUCCGUGGCCCUUACCUUCUCUUCCUGAUGUGAAUAUGAAGACAACUUACAGCUCUGCAGAUCAGCCUGGCACUAAAGUCACAGAGUCUGUAAAUAGCUCUAAAAAUAGUGAGAGAGCAAUUUCAGAGGGUAGACCGUUGUCGGCAAGAGAGAGGAGGAGGCUAAAACAAUCACAAGAAAAGAUGUUUUCUUCUGUGCCUGCGGCAAGACGAGCAUCACAUAGUGCGGUAGUUGAAGCAAAAUCACUUGUGGAAAAUCUUAUUAAAGUUACUCAGUCCUCGUCAGAUCCCAGUAUUUCUCAGGAAAAAAAAAAAAUCCAUUGUCUGUCUGAUGAUGAGCUAAGCUCUUCCACAAGCUCCACAGAUAAGUCAGAUGGAGAUUCCAAGGAAGGAAAAAGCAAUACAAAUGAAAUGAAUGAUUUGGUACAGCUAAUGACGCAGACAUUGAAAAUGGAUUCUAAAGAGAGCUGUGAACACCCUUCAAUCCUAACCCCUGCAUCAGAGUUCAAGCUUCAUAGGAAAUACAGAGACACUCUCAUCCUACAUGGAAAAGUAUCUAAAGAACCAGAGAAAUUCAAAUUUGAAGAAUUUCCUUCAGAUGUUUUAUAUGGUCCUGAAAAGAUUAGAAGAAUGGUUGAAAUUCUGAGGUCUGAUGUGGUGCAAGGGCUGGGAGUGAAACUUCUAGAGAAAGUGUAUGACAUCAUGGAAGAAGAUGAUGAACUGAAGAGAGAGUUGCACUUACGGGAGCACAUGAGAGAGAAGUACACAAAUUACAGUGUAAAGGCUCGCCAUCUGAAGUUUCUUGAAGAAAAUGUUAAAUUUUGACCAGGUGACUUAACUGGACCUUUCUUCCCUUAGAGCUGUUGGAGAAAGGCAGCAAGGACCUAGUUUUAGAGGUUGUCUGGUGGAUUGAAUUAUCUCCAUAUUCUGUAUAGACUAAUUUUGUGGUACUUGUAUUUAUCCAUGGAUUUUUCAUAUCUGGGUAAAGAGGUAAACUGGUCUUGAUAGAGUGGAAUGCUUAUGUGCCUUUGCACAGCAGCACAUCUUUUGAUACAGCAUUAGUACUAGUAAUGUUUUUAUAUUAAAAUGUGAAAGACUAUUACCGUAUAUACUCGUUCAUAAGCCGAAUUCUUCUUUUUAGUAAAAAAGGGAAGCAUCAGAGAAGGGGGGGAAAGGUGGGACACAGCCCCUCCCCCACAACAGAGGGAGCAAGGAGAGGCAGCACAGCCAGAAGGGAAGAGGCGGGACCAGAAUGUCUCUUCUUCAGGCCCUCCCCCAGCCUCCGAAGCAGCUGCAGCUCCAGGUCUAGCAGGCUGUGGCCAUGCUGCCUGGUCUGGCCCCCCGGAGUAGGCUGAGGCCAGGCCAGAGACUAAAUCCCCUGACCCUCCCCAGAUAAGGUGGGAAGGGAUGGGAUUGGGAAGAGUGUAGGGGUCCUGGGCUAGGGUUGGGGUCAUGUGGGGGGGUGGUCACAGGGAUUACUCCCCUGACCCCCAGCUUCUCCCACCCCCCCCCCCCCAAAAAAAUUUCCCCACCCAUUGCUGUCCCGGCCGGUCAGGGUAAGCAGCUAGCAUGCCAGAACACUUUAUUUACUUAGGGUAAACAAACCGUCUUGGCCACCAGCGGCUUAUCCUGAUAGCGUGGGAACCAAAGUUUACUGGCCCCUGAAUUACAGGGUGGACUUAUGAAUAGGUCAUAAAAAUUUUCCAUUUUUACUUAUCCAUCUUGGGGUGGUGAAAGAGGUCGGCUUAUAAAUGAACUGGCUUAUGAUCAAGUACUUUCUCUAGAAGAGAAAGAUUUGAUAUUAAUUUGGAUUUUUACUUUACACUACUUGCCUUUUGGUCUCUCUCACUGAAUGAGUGUUUUAUGGGUAUGAAAUUGUUUCUAGAAAGGACAUACUACAUUUUGUAUGUAAACUAAUAUAAGAUUUAGUUCUAAUUUUUUUCAGUAGGUUUCAGUCAUACUGUGUCUUACUAUACUACCAAGUGACUGGGAACAUUUGCUAAGGCUAUAUAAUGUGGGAUUAUUAGAAUUAUAAUGUACUGAAGUUAAGACCUAAAGCUCAGUUUGGCAUGGAGAGCUGAUGGUGAUUUCUGUAGCUGCAAAAACUCACUGCAGUUUCUACAAAUGGCUUAAAAUUUAAACUGUUUAAGAUACAAUAAAAAGAUGGACAAACUCCUUAUUCUGAGCCCUUGAGCAUCUUUAGAGAUCAUGUUCAAGGUUUAGAUUAGAAUUUUGUUUUCUCCAACCAAAACAAAUGCACAUACUAAUUCCUUUUAGGAAUGGAAUAAUGAUUAAAGAAAGACUAGGUACAUUCAGAUAAUUAAAUAACCAGUUUACCAUUUAAUCUGUCAACUUGUCUUAUAGUAAGUUUAUUUUGUAUACUUUAUGUUCUAAUGUUGACAGAACAUGUUCUGAAGGUUUGUAAAUCUUUGAUUUUUUUUUAAAGGGAUAAUUAAGUCAAGGAUAUCUGAAUUUUGUAAAAUAAAACCAUAUUCAGUAAGUCUGCAAAAC